UGUGCAAUUCAAAUAAGAAUAGCUAGUUACCAAGGAGACACACACAUACACACAUCAAUGAUUCAGAGAGACCAACCGGUUUAAGAUUUUGGCAUUACUGUAUCUUCUUAAUUCAAGAGACCAUAACAUUUUAAAUGGGAAGGAGGCGGAGGGAGAAGAGAAUAUGAGACAAGUCAGAACGACGUGCACGCUGCCUUCCAGCACCAAGGACAGCUCCGGUUGUUUUGCCGGGGAACUGGAAUUCGCCAGCAAGAGAUGUUCAGAUGUAAAUGAAUUGAAGUAAGAAUUCUCCAGAGAACUCUUGAGUUUGGAAUCCGAAGGGAGCAGAGGGAGAAUCAAAUGGGAAAUGCAAUGCAAGGGCAACGACGAUCCAGAUGGAACUGAUUAAAGACAACACUGAGAAGACUCUAUUUGCAUCCAGGGGUGAAGAACAAAACCAUGAGCCCCUGGAGAGGGGUCUUGGUUACGCUGCAUUCUUGGUGCUUCCGUCAAGAAAAGCUGGGUGCCGUUUCUUCCUGCACUUUUCUAGGGAGAGAAAGGUGGGGCUGAGAUGUUUUUAAAACAAAUUCUUCAUCUCAAGAAUCGCUAAGGAAGAAGCAAUGCUGAUUUGGAUUCAGUGUCGGUCCUUAUCGGUCUUUCGAAGGAUUUCAAUUGCUGUUUGAAAUUCUGGCACCGAGCCUUUCCUCUGCUUGCCUGUCAUUUCCACCCCGUUUCAGCAAAUGGCAGGUGAAAUGAUGGAUUUGGCAAAAGAAACCUGAUACUGUAGAAUCUGAAGCCUGGCAUUCCUUCCCUGCCAACCAUAAUGUCAAUGAAACCUAGAAGAGGACUAAACUAAAGAGAUCUAAACACCGCCAAAGAUGAGUGGAACGUUCAGAGAUGUGGCAAUCCCUGCAAACUUCACUCAGACAAAGUUUGACUGAAAUCAACUCGGCUCUUCUAGACUCUCCAGUUUCAAUGGAGUUUCUUGUCCCCGACAAGAUUGGAUUGGCUUCAUUGCUUUUAAGACAGUUCUUGAACUUUUUGCUGCACCAUCUUGUCAUAUAUUUUUCACCCUCUUGAUUUAGAAACAAAUCUUUCCAGACAAAUUUCUUUGGAAUGGUGAGGAAAGCACCAGAACAUUCAAACUUCUGUAUGUGACGACUUACGAACACUUCCCACAUAGCUUGAUUUCUCCCUGAAGGUGAAAACGGCAGGAGUAUGUAGAUUAAAGGAAAGACUAACUUAUUCGGCCAGAAGUAGAACCUACUAAAACCUCCAUGUUGAAACAGCGGGACCACAGUUGCUAAGGUCCUGCCAUCUUUCCUCCAGGACCUCAACGGUAAGGAGAGGCAGUGGAGACCAAUCCUCUAAGAUGUUCAUUUGGACCAGUGGCCGGAGCUCCACAUCAUACAGGCAUGAUGAGAGAAGAAAUAUUUACCAAAAAAUCAGGGAUCAUGAUCUACUGGACAAAAGGAAAACAGUCACCGCUCUCAAAGCAGGAGAGGACCGGGCCAUACUCCUGGGACUGACCAUGAUGGUGUGUUCCAUUAUGAUGUACUUCCUUCUGGGCAUCACCCUGCUGAGAUCAUACAUGCAAAGUGUUUGGACAGAAGAGACCCAGUGCACACUCCUCAACAUCUCCAUCACGGAAACCUUUAACUGCUCGUUCAGCUGUGGUCCGGAGUGCUCGAAAAACUCUCAGUACCCCUGCUUACAGGUCUAUGUCAAUGUUUCCUCUUCAGGGCAAAAGUACCUACUUUACCACACAGAAGAAACCAUCAAGAUUAAUUCUGAGUGUUCUUAUAUACCCAAGUGUGGAAAGAACUUUGAAGAGUCUUUGUCCCUUGUGAAUGUCGUCAUGGAAAACUUCAAGAAGUAUCAACACUUUACCUGUUUCUGUGACCCAGAAGGCAUUCAAAAGAAUGUGUUGCUAACCAAACUUUACAGUUCCAAUGUGCUGUUCCACUCACUCUUUUGGCCAACAUGUAUGAUGAUAGGUGGACUUGUCAUUGUUGCCAUGGUCAAGUUGACCCAAUACUUGUCUCUUCUUUGUGAAAGGAUCCAACGAAUCAACAGAUAGGAGCAACCCCUAGCUUCUAGGAUUUGACUUACCGCUGAAAUACUGUUGUUUUUUUCCAUUCUUCACCAAAGAACCUUAAGUUUGUAAUGUUUCUGUUCUAAGUUCCUUAUAUUUUUAUGAAGUAGAGCAAUAACGAAAAAGGCUGUUCUAUAUGCAACUGUGAUGAUAUUCUUAUGCAGACAAUGAGAGAGGGAAUUAUGGUUUGCGUUGGCCAUCUAUAUGAUCUUGAUUUAUGCUGCAACUUAGUUAUUUUUCUUCUUCUCUUCUUCUUCCUCCACCUCCUUCUCUUUUUUCUUUUUCUACAGCCAAAACAGGGCUCAGUGUGAUCCUUUGCCAAGCCUUGUUAAUGAUUGAAUCAUCAUCUCAGCACAAAUCUGUUUUGGAAAGUCCUCCAGCCUGGUCACAUGUCUUCAUGUGGACCAUUUAAGUUCCACAUAGGCAUUGAGAAGGGGAGGGAAAAAUUCGAGUGUGGGGGGGGGAUGGUGAAAGGUAAGGACUCAAUUUGUUUACCAGAACUGAAACUAAGAUGGACGACAUGACCCAGAAAUCUUUUGCAGGUACAGAAUCUUACAAACACAGGGGAAAGCCAAAGACACCCAUUGCUGAACAUCUAGGCCCAAAUCUAAUGGAGUAUAAAUAAUCUCGUUUAAAUUCCACUGAAAUCAAUAAGACAUUUUUGUAAUGAAUUGUUUUUAUUGAGAUAUGAGCACAACUUUGAAUUUUUGGGAGGAUUCAAAUUUUUGGAUUAAGGCAAUAGCAUUUAUGUUGACUUCAUACUCAGGGUUAAGCUUUCCUUUCCGGCAUUUUACAUAUCCACUGAAAGGUUUAUUAAUUUGCAGUAUCUUUUACUCAUGGAUUAUUAUCUACCAAAGCUAUCGCCAAAAAGAGGGUGGGGGGGAAUCCCAGAUCUAUAAAACCUUGUCAACUCUUUUUCAUUUUCUAUUCCAGCCUGAGCCCUCUUGGCAGAGAUGAGACCAGAUAACCUCUUGCGUUCAAGUUUAUUAUGCAUAUUUUUCUUGCAUUUGCUACCAUAUCACUGUAAAGAAAAAUUUAAAAGAAAGAAAAUCACACAGGUUUUUUUUUUUUUCAUUUUUUACUUCCAACAGUUUUCAUUUGUUUGUUUUUUAUGGGACAUUUCAAAACAAAAAAAAAAAUACUAGACAACAAGAUAAAAAUAUAUUCUAUCUAGUGGUGUAUUGUAGUAUGGCUAUGUUAUAUUUUAUUAUUUCUUUUAUUAACUGGAAAGUGAGCAGUACUCUUCUUGUAUUUCACAGUGUCCAAAUCUGGGUAUAACCAUCACAAAGAAAAGAUCUGAAGAGAUGGCUUAGAUGCAAUUAGGGCGGGCACUGCAGUUCAAAAUAAGCUUAGGUGGUAUUGUAUUUAGCUUGGGGAAAAAAUUCCUUUAGUCUUGAGAAGCCAUGAAAAAGGUAUGUACAGUAGGGUAAUGCUACUCCUGGUGAAGAUUAUUUCUUCUUAGUCAUUUCAGAAUAAUUUUUCCCCAAUAGCAUUUUGAAAAAAAUAUAUACUUUAAACAAACUUUUAUACACACUGAAGGGGAACCAAAUUAGAAGCAUGCAUAGGCCAGCCUUAUAUUGUGGAGAAGCUAGGUUAUUCUCCAGAAGAUAACAGCUGUAAGGCAGUCUAUUUAGGAUGAGAGAUUGCAAAUGGUCAUAUUUAAUUUUAUUUUCAAAGUCCGUAUUUUGUUAGUUUGAUUGAUACAUGUCCCACUUUUCUGCUCUGGCAAGACUUCAAGAUAUAUUGAGCUCCAUAGUUGAUUGCUAUUUAAGAACAGCAAGGAGGUCUUUGCUAUUUAAGAAUAGCAAGGAGAAACUUUGGACAGCUUGCCAGGAGCACAGAAAAUAUUAAAACAAGGAUAAACCUGACCUGAGUAAAAUGUGGGUAAUAUAUGAGUAAGAACCAUUGCAUUAUUACUUGGUUGAGCAAAAGUGUACAGUGGAAUGAAGAUAGAUUAUUUGUGGAACAGAAGUUAUUCUAUGUGUAGUGGUACCUUAGUACUCAACUGCUUCAAAACUCAUCAAAUUUGAUACUCGACGCAUUUUGACACAAAAAUGUCCCGAUACUCAGUGUUUGUUUGGUACUCAAUGUGAUGCAAAAGGAAGUAGGGGACAGUCAAAGAAGGUGGACAGGAAGUAGGCCAUGCUGGGAAGAUCAUUGACUGAUCGGAAGUCCUUCCUAGCUGAAACAAAGGCUCAUGGUUUGUUUGGUACUCAUCCUUUCUAGUAUUCAUUGUGCCUUCUGGAAUCAAUUAAGGACGAAUACUGAGGUACCACUGUAAUUUGAAAACAAUAAGGUGAGAAAAGGUUUAUUUUAGAUCCAGUAGAUUAUCAUGAGGGUUAAAAAUGUUGAGGCUGUAACGAGCACAAUUAUAUUUUUCUGCCAAUCUCUCCUCUGCCUAAUUACCAAGAAUCACAGUUUACUUAAAUUAUAUCUAUAAGGAUGGUCUUAGCAGUUUCUGGUAUUGAAUUCAGCCCCAAGGGUGAAAUAUAAGGUAUUUGUUGAUCACUCUCUAGCAUUCUACAGAUUUUUAGCAAACAAAACAAUGAUUUAAAAAUGUUUUGGAAGCAUAAUUGUUUCCUUUUUUUUUUUUCAAAAGGAGAAAGCACAUUGGAUUUGCCGAGCUCAUCCAUUAGCUGAGUAAUUCUUUAUUCCCCAUUAUGUAAUGUCAACAACUUUUAUGGUGUUACAAGAUUCCAUGAAAUGUGCACGUGUUGUCUGAGCUAUAGAAGUCUGCAGCAGUGAAACUAAUCUUUGAACUUGUAACCCAUAAUGCAACAUUUUUUUCCUCAGGCAAAUAAAUUCCUGGGUGUGUAAUCAGGACUUCAAAACAGUGUGAUUUGGUACGCAAUUAAACCUUUGCGAUUUCAA